CAAAACAUUUCGUCAGUUAGGGAAAAAUAUUUUGUUAAAAAUGUUUUCCAAGUUGUGAUUUUUAUUCAACGGAGACGUUCGUAUGUCACUAGACAUUUGUUUUUUUUAUUCAUCUGCUCCCAUAACACUCAGUGUUGUCUCAUCUUGUAUAAAAAUGUUGCCCAAAAUAGAGUAUUACCAGUUGUUAGUGAUUACAUUUGUCGAAAUAUAGACCACUUAACCCACUUUAAUGUUUCCGAGAAUAUUUAUGAUACAUAGUCAUGCUCCGCAACAAACCAAUAACAUGUGUAAUACCAAAUCAUUGAUGUACCAUGGCUGUGUGAGGUAUUCCAUAGUUAAAGGCGUACCGAAAAUGUACGAGUGUACAUGUAUUUCCUGAUAAGAAGAAACCCCAUGAACACUGCCGCUCUUGGGGGAAUGCACGAGUGACGAUGUCACCGCGUUUCAAACGCAAUGAACAACUAUAACAGUACAUAUAGCACAGUAACCACAGCGGCAGAAUCGAUUAUUACCAGUGAUGCUUUCGAAUUGACUUGGGGUACGGCCCUAUGGGCUUUCAUCAAUGGAGUCUUGUUGGUCGUCAUACUUGGGGGCAACGCCUUUACCAUAAUCGCAGUGCGUACUUGUCGUCGUCUGCGCAGCUUCAUCUCGAAUUUGUUUAUAAUGUCGCUUGCAGUUUCGGAUUUUAUAGUCGGUCUAACGUUACCGUACCACUUGUCCUUUUAUUUAACCACAACUAUGGGUAAUAAGUAUGUCUUGUGUCUUACUCGUUUCUUCCUUAUUAUUUUCGCUUGCUGUGUGUCGAUACUGACACUUAUAACUAUAUCGGUCGAUCGUUAUAUUGCAAUCGUGUAUGCUCUUCAUUACAGAAGAUGUAUGACGCGGAAAGUUGCAGCUUUCGUCAUAACAUUCAACUGGUCCGUUGGCGCAACUGUAGCAGCAAUACCGAUGUUUUGGAAUAAUUGGCACACAGCAUACCAAUGCGAAUUUGAUGAAGUACUACCGCCCUGGUACAUGGCUGGCAUAAUAACACCAUCAUUCACAAUUAUUUGGCUAUUAAUGCUGCUGAUGUACUGGCGCAUAAUGAAAGAAGCUUCUAAACAAGCAAAUCAAUUACGAAAUAUCAGGCGAAAACGAUCCUCCAAUUUGCUGCACCCUGAUUGGAAGUCUGUGCAGGUGGUCAUUUUCAUAAUGGGUUGUUUUUCUCUUUGUUGGUUGCCAUAUUUUAUUGUGGCCUGUGCUCAAAUUUUCGAGGUAUACAAGUCAACGCCACUUUUAUAUAAAGCCGCAUUUACAUUGGCAAUGACGAACUCGGCGCUGAAUCCAAUUAUAUAUUCUUGGAAAAAUUCAAAUUUUAGAAGAGCCUUUGUGCAAUUAAUACGUUGUAAGUCGCCGAAUUGCUACCAGAAGACCUCGACCGAUGUCUACAAAAAGGAAUCGAUAUCAAGUGCAGCAGCGGAAACAACACAAGGGGUAUUCACUACUGGCGGAACUUCGGGAAAAUUGCCCUACACUGAUGUUCAGCUGCAAACGAUUUUUACAGUAUCAUCAUCGUCAACCGAUACUGCUACCGUAUAUUGACAAUAAACGUUGAAUACCCCCACACA